AGUAAAGAUCCCCAGAGGCGCCCUCUGGCCUAAAGACCUCUAAAGAAUGCUACCACGAUCUGUCGAAAGCCAAGAUCUUCCUGUGUGAGAUCAACGAAAUUCCUCCUGGGAACACUCAACUUGACGAUCACACAACUAAAGCUCUACUUGUUUCAUCUAAAAGGAGAUGAUCGCAAAGCUUCCGUUGAGCAGAUGAUCAGUUCGUUUCUCCACGAAAUUUUUGCUUCCACAAAUCAUUCUUGCCAUUAUCUAAAUCCAUUCAGGGAAACGAGAACCGCCUUUAUCCUCAAGGUGUAAGGAGACAUAGCACUCAGAAAAAAUGUCCACCGCUUUCGAUCACGUCUUCGGCGCUAGCAGCGUCUGCACGGUCAAGGAUGUCAAGGCCCAGAAGUUCAUUACUGCCUUCGCUAAGCACAUGAAGCGUCAGGGUAAGUUCGAGCUUCCGAAGUGGGCGGACGUUGUCAAGACCGGUGUCUCCCGCGAACUUCCCCCGAUGGACCAGGACUGGCUCUACAUCCGUUGCGCAUCCGUUGCGCGACACAUCUACAACAGAGGUACUUCAAAUAUUUAUGGUGAAGAACAUGGAUCCACCUCCACUUUUAGAAUUUCUGGCAGGCGCCUUCUCAUGAUCUAGAAAUUCGCUUGUAGCUGGAUUUCGCAGUUCUUAAGGUAGAAUCGCAGCCACUCGACUGUAAAUCAUUCGUCUCGACAGCAGGCAAAUAUUUUAGAAAGCAGAAGUUUAGAUUUAGGACUUUCGUCUGCAUCCGGCUGAGAUAUCCACAGAGUCUACUCACCACGAAACUCGUAACGCAAAAAACUACAGGUGGAUCCGGUGUCGGAGCUUUCCGUAAGGUCUAUGGCGGUCAGCAGCGUCGCGGAACUUGCACUUCCCACUUCCGUAAGUCUUCCGGAAAAAUCGUCCGUUACUGCAUGCAACAGGUAUACUCAAGUUUUAGAUUUCAUCUCGGUUUGGCAGAUCGAGUCUUGCUUUGAUGAUGCUGCGAAAGUGAAGGAAAUUUUACUUGGUGAUCAUUGUGAUUUAGAAAACUGGAAGUCGAUCUACACCUCGUUAUCCAAUUUAUCUUCCUGUAGUAUCGGAAACGAAAAAUCUCUCACAAUUACCCCAAAUAAUCAAACAGCUCGAGGAGAUGGGCAUUGUUGAGAUUGACGAGAAGGGUGGACGCAAGGUGACUCCGGAAGGUCAGCGUGAGAUGGACACCGUCGCUGUCCAGACCCUCGAAGAGGAUGAGGAGGAAGAAGACGAGUAAACUUCUUGUCUAAACUCUUAAGGGAGAAGUGACAGUCGCAAGACGAGGCAUGUGCAAAGAAGACCACGCAAGACAGCAUGACGUGCGGAAGAGGAUGCUGUCUGCGGCCUUGAAGAAUGAACACCUGGGGACUAUAUUGAACAACACAUGGACUUGAAAGCCUGGAUUGGGGUGUCGGAAAACAGAUGACAUUCGUAAGAGGUGGGAAUCUUGACGUGUCGAGUGCUAAACAAAAUAUGUGGCUGCGAGGACGGGUCAUCUUCGGAACUCUGGAAUUACUUGGUGUGUUCAGAAGGACGUCUUCUCCGUUUCCUGAUUCUCUCACGUUCUUGUGCCUCAGGAUAUUAUCGGUGAAACGCGUUCAUUUGUAGCUUCAAAAAUGUGGCACGUGAAACAUAAUCGUGACCUCCCUACGGAAUUCUAAAGAAGACGAGCGAGCAUUUUCGAAAAGAAAACCACUCCUUACAGCCUUCCCGAAUGUUUGAGAGACGCGCACUUCAUUAGAGGCGCUUUUUUGCGUUCACAUCAAUGAAUCCUAACCCUCGAUCACCGGC